AUGGGCAAGCGGGAUUUUGAGCGCCUGCACCACGUGGCCUUCUUCGACGCCAUGGCCACGGAGCUCCCCGACGAAUACGAGCCGCAGGAGGUCAACCACCUCACCCUCGUCUACUUCGCCGUCGGCGGCCUCUCCCUUCUUCGGGAGCUCGACCGAAUUAACAAGGAUGAAAUAGCCAAAUGGGUUUUGUCUUUUCAAGUUCAUCCGGAGGCAAAUGAUGAUAUAGGUGUUGGUUUGUUCUAUGGAUUCUGUGGUUCUAGAUCAACUCAAUUUCCCUUGCCUAAUGUGAAGUUUCAAAUAUUAAAGCUGAUAGUUUCAAAUAUUAAAGCAUGCUCUGUUUCAGGAUCCUUGCCGAUGAUAGUUAGUCAUCUUGCAAGCACUUAUUCUGCCCUUGCUAUCCUCAAGAUUAUUGGCUACGAUCUAGCAAGUAUUGACUGCAAGGCACUUCUUUUGUCUUUGAAAAAGCUCCAGCAACCAGAUGGAAGCUUCAUGCCUACUCAUAUUGGUGCAGAAACAGACCUUCGCUUUGUAUACUGUGCAGCUGCAAUCUGCUCAAUGCUAGAUGACUGGACAGGAAUGGACAAGUUAAAGGCAAAGGAAUACAUUCUUAGCUGCCAGUCAUAUGAUGGAGGCUUUGGUAUGGUUCCUGGUUCUGAAUCUCAUGGUGGAGGAACUUUUUGUGCUGUUGCAGCUCUCCAUCUAAUGGGCUUCAUUCAAGUUGAUUUGGCAUCUAACUUAAGAGAUUCAACGUCAAUCGACAUUUGCAUGCUCCUCAAAUGGUGCCUUCAGGUUGAACUUGUGCUGAACCAUGUCUCCGCAAUUAGCCCUCUCGUGCCAUCUCAUGUGAUUCUGUAG